GACAUGGCAGCGUACGUAUGCACGAGAUUUUGUAUGAACAAAUUUAAAGACUCGAUUAGAUUUAUUCCACGACGGUAUCGAGUUAAAACAAAAUGGGCAGCAACGAGGCCCAAGUUUCCAGCCACUGAACUUGCUCUUCACAGUUUUGACACAACAUACAGUGUACAGUUCGGGGACCUGUGGCCUUCUAUUCGUGUUGCCAUGUUGUGUGAACAAAAAUAUGGAGCGCUAAUAAACAGCUUCUCUUCAGCAUCUGGUGAAAUCACAGAUUUAGAAGCUGAAGGGUGUAAAGACUUUAUAACCAUUGACUGUUCUACAAAUGAGGACCAUAAAUCCUCACAGGACCCCACAACCCCUCACUACGAUUCGAUAGAUCUGGAAUCAGCUCCUCUUAAAACCAGUAUAACUCCUGAUAUUAAAUGCCUUGUUUUCCCCCGAGGAGACAUAUCUAGAUUUAAGCCUGCGAGACCUGACAGCAGUGGCAUUUUGGGCUAUUAUCUUCUGGAUGCUGCUUCAGUGCUGCCUGUACUAGCGCUGGAUGUCCAGCCUGGACAAACAGUGCUGGAUCUGUGUGCAGCUCCUGGAGGAAAAACCCUUGCUCUCCUGCAGGCACAUUCAGUCAAUCACUUGUGGGCAAACGACUUAUCAGUUUCCCGCACAGGUCGAUUACGCAAGAUUCUUCAGAGCUACGUGCCUAAAGAGUUCCUGGAUGAAGAAAAUAUUCAUAUCUCUUGCGUUGAUGGUCGGGAGUUAGGAAUGAGAGAGGAGAAAAGCUUUGAUAGAGUGCUGGUCGAUGUUCCCUGCACAACAGACAGACACUCUGCAAUGGUGGAGGAGAACAAUAUAUUUAAGAGGCCCAGGACCAAAGAGAGGCAGAAGCUUCCACUCUUGCAAAUCCAGCUUCUUGUGGCUGGCAUCCAGGCCGCGCGGCAAGGAGGGAUUAUAGUGUACUCUACAUGUUCCCUGUCCCAGCUGCAGAAUGAGUGUGUGGUGCAACAGGCCAUCAGUGUCGCUCAGGAAGAGCUGGGGAUCACAGUGCAGGUUCAGGACCUCAGGUGGUUCACUCAGUGCUUUUCUGACACUUUCCAUUUUGCGCCACAGUUAAGUGUCGGGGAGCUGGUUUUACCACACCUGUGUGCCAACUUUGGACCAAUUUAUAUGUGUAAAUUACAAAGAAUGAAUUAGACCAAUUUUAAGAGCUGCGUUGCUGGUUUUUGCUGCCCCCUAGUGACCAGACAUGUAGCUUUCAAACAUUUUACUUCUGUAAAAGAGAAAAUAUUGCAAAUGAUGUGAUCAUUGUGUUAAUUGUAUCAGUUAUAUAUUAAACUUAGACAUGACACAAAAAAACUUACUUGUCUAUUUUGGCAAUCCAAAACCCAUAUGCUUGAUUUAUGGGGAUUUGUAAUGUCAAUUAAAGGGUUGGUUCACACAAAAGUGAAAAUUUUGUUAUUAAUACUCACCCUCAUGUUGUUUCAAACAUCUUAGAUCUUUGUUUGUCUUCAGAACACAAAUUAAAGUGUUUUAUAUUAAAUCUGUGAGCUCUUUUAUUUUCUAUAGACAGCAAUGGACUCGUUCGAAGUCUGAAAAAAUACAAAAAGAACUGACACUGAGGAAAAGAAACUCAUUAUUUUUUUUAUGUUUUCACAAACGCAUUCUCAUAGCUUCAUCAUAUUACACUUGAACCACUGAAGGCGUAUGGUAUGUUUGGAGGGUGUUUUUGGUAUUUUUCCAGUAUGUUUCUGGCUCCCUUGCUGGAGGAUGAGGUCGCUCUCAGGUUUCACCUAAAAUAUUUCCAUUUGUAUUCUGAAGAUGGUCUCAGGGGAUUGGAAUGACAUGGUGGAGAGAAAUAUAAUAAUAUAUCUUUCAUUUUUGGGUGAACUAACCAUUUAAAUUUAAAUAAAAAACUUAAAAACAAAGAUAGAUUGAAUUAGAAUCUACCCAGAGUACAGUCUCUUACUUGUUGUGUGAAAGCAUUGAAAGGUUUGCUAUGAAACCAAGUAAAUACAAAUUAUAUGAUUCAGAAGUUCAGCAGGAAGCAAUGAAAACAGAACACUUUUCAUUGUAUUUAGCAUGUUUGGCCAGUAGGGGGCGUCAUCGCACCUUUAAAAAGCUUACAAUUCGAGGUUAAAAGUAGGCACAAUUGAAACUGGAUUCUUGUCUGUCUGCCGGAUUCAUGGAAUAAACCACCAUACCAUGUCUUUUAUGCAGACGUAUAAAAAUAUUCAAAUUUUACAAUUUGAUUUACCAGUUUGUUUAAUAGUUAACUUGUCUUUAGACUUUAGAAUCUUAAAAAAUGAAAAGCAAAACAUAAGAAAAUAGUUUAUCAGCAAAUAAUUAAGAAGGGAUUAAGUUUAAUGAAAUGAUGUUCAUUUGCUCAUACCCUAAACCAGUCAUGCUCAACCCUAUUCCUGGAGAUCGACCUUCCUACAAAGUUCAGCUCCAACCCUAAUCAAACACACCUGAACCAAUUAAUUAGGACCUGAACAGCACUUGAUAAUUACAGGCAGGUGUGUUUGAUAUGGGUUGCAAUUUAAAUUUGCAGGAAGGUCGAUCUCCAGGAUCAGUCAAUGGUCACGCCUGCCCUAAACCCUAUAAUGACCCAUAAAGACAUUUUUUUUCCCCCAGAAGAGACAAAUAUAAACAUCGAAAGAAAGAAAUAAAAAUGUUUAGUAAAAAAGUUAAACUUUGCAAAGGGCAGAUGACCCUCAAAAUACACAUCACUAUAUUUGAUAUGUUUUGUUUUAUUUUAUAAUUACUGAUAGAUAGAUAGAUAGAUAGAUAGAUAGAUA